AUGCAAGCAAGAGAGCCAAAGGACAUUGUUGUCGAUGGCGUCCACCGCCUGUCGCCGACAGGCAUUUCAAUUCUCAUCGUGGGUGCUGGAAUUGGAGGUCUGAUGUCUGCAUUGGAGUCAUGGCGCCUCGGCCAUGAGGUUCGUGUUGUUGAGAAAACGGACUCCACGGAUACACUCGGCGACACGAUCGGCAUGGUGCCGUCAGGUUUCGCGACAAUGGGGUGUUAUCCCACUAUGCGAGCAGUUUUUGAGCGCGAGGCAAUCGAUGCGGUUCGCAGCGUAUGGACUGCCCAGGGAACGCAGAUCAAGCAUCUCGGUGCCGCUCCAUGGAAUAUUCCUGGAGUACAGCAUGCAGCCCAGGGUGUCUUUGUUCCACUGUUGGUAGCUCGGCCAAAGCUGAUGAGCAUGCUUACCCGCCAAUGCGAAAGACUUGGGAUCACUAUUGAGUACUCCAAAGAAGCGAUUCAAUACUAUGAAGAAGACAACGUGGCAUUCGUGGUAUUGAAAACGAAAUUGGGGGAGGUGACGGAAGCAGCGGAUGUCAUAGUGGCGGCUGAUGGAGUGGGAACCCGAAGCCACGGCUGUGUAUCUGGGGACUCUGUGCGUGCAGUUAGCAGUGGCUACUGUGUUUAUCGAGGAGUGAUUCCAGACACGGCUCUUCAACAGGUGGAAACUUCGACCAAGGCAAGAUUUCUGUCUCUUGAUCAACCUGAUUUUAGGGUCUAUCUUGAGUUCGUUCCCAUAACUUCAGGUCCUGCAGGCGAUAGAACGUUAAUAAUCAUUAGUCCGCCGAAAUGUUACGCUGCUAUCCUUCUCGACCGUCACGAGAUUAGCUACGCCAUCACCUACAAGGAAGACAGGAGUGUUCCAAGGGAAAGCUGGAAUGCAUCGGCAUCGGCAGAUGUGGUCAUAGACAAGCUUUCCGGAUGGGACUCCGGACUUGUAGAGCUGCUGCGCAACAUACCGGCCGGCUCUUGUACAGACUGGACUCUGCGCUUCAGAGAUCCCCAGCCAAUUUGGACCUCCAAAGCGGGUAGAGUCGUUCAACUGGGAGACAGCGCUCAUGCUUUUUUGCCUACAUCGGGCAAUGGAGCCUCACAGGCUUGCGAAGAUGCACUAUCCCUCGCGAGGUGCCUGCGUCAGGGUGGCAAGGGGCAUGAGGGUGUGGCUACUCGUGUGCACACCAAGUUGAGAUUCGAACGAGUUUCGCUGAUACAAAAGUUGGGGUUCCAGAAUCGCCACGCAGUCACUAGGAUUAACCUUGAACAAGCUACACCUAACGAAGCGUCUAGCUGGUUCGAUAUGCCUGAGUGGAUAUGGAGACAUAAUCCUGCGGAGUAUGCUCUCGAGAAGUUUGCAGGUGCCGAGAAAAGUGUGCUUUUAGAUGCCCCAUUCGAGAACACUAAUCUUCCACCGGGCUACAAGUAUGAAGCUUGGACGAUGGCCAGCGAAACUGGUGAUAGUUUUCAUUCGAACGAUCAAGCUCGAGCUGAUGAGCAAAUUCGGCGCGCGUGA